AUGACAGAAAAGUACAAGUUGGAGCGGCUGGGGCACUCUUUCAGAGCACUGAUCCGAGACUCCUCCCAGUCUACGCUCCCUCACUGGAACAUGUGGCCAGCUGUGAGGGGGCGGGACCACUGCUGCUCAGGCCACGCCCCCUGGGUCAGGGUGGGGGUGGUGGAGAGGAUGACUCAUGCAGGCUGGGGCUCUGCUCCACACUCAGCUCAGGGCCUCAUCUUUUAG